AUGUCCGCAUUGUGGCUGCUUCUAGGCCUCCUAGCCCUGAUGGACUCAUCGGAAAGCAGCAGUUGGGGUUGCUAUGGGAACAUCGGCACCCUGGACACCCCAGGAGCAUCCUGCGGGACUGGAAGACGUUACGGCCUGACCUACUGCGGAGUCCGUGCUUCUGAAAGACUGGCUGAAAUACACCUGCCUCACCUGCUGAGAUACCAGCCCAUCCUGCGGACGAUCGGCCGGAAGUAUUGCGUGGAUCCUGCAGUGAUCGCUGGGAUCCUGUCCAGGGAGUCUCUCCGGGGCAGUGUUCCAAUCAAAGUGGGCGUUCCCAUCAAUGUGGUGCAGGACACAAACGUCUUCACUCCCACAUCCUGGAUCAGCGAGCCCCAGGUUUCCCAGGUGACGAAGGUUCUGACCAAUAGAAUCAAAGAAAUCCAGAGGACAUUUCCAACCUGGACCCCCAGCCAGUACCUGAGAGGUGGGCUCUGUGCCUACAGCGGGGAUGCUGGCCUCGUCAGAAGCAGCCAGGACCUGAGCUGCGACUUCUGCAAUGAUGUCCUUGCACGUGCCAAAUACCUCAAGAGACACGGCUUCUAG